UUUCCCUUGAGCAUCAAGACGCCUCCUAUCUAGACGACAACGAUGCAGGUGGUGGCUCUCGUGAGUGGAGGCAAGGACAGCUGCUACGCCAUGAUGGAAUGCGUGCGCUUUGGGCAUGAGAUCGUGUGUCUAGCGCAUUUGCAUCCGCCGUCGGAGCUGUCGGCGGAUGACGCGGAGAUCGAUUCGUUCAUGUUCCAGAGCAUCGGCCAUCAGACCGUAGAGCUCGUCGCUGAAAGUAUGGAGCUGCCCUUGAUCUCCGAGACCAUCACGGGCACUGCAGUCACAACGGACAUCAACUACCACGAGUCCGCUGCUGGUGACGAGGUCGAGGACCUGUUUCGCCUGCUACAGAAGGUUAAGGAGCAGUUCCCGGACGUCCAGGGCGUCUGCACUGGUGCAAUUUUCUCCAGUUAUCAGCGCAACCGAGUGGAGAACGUGUGAGUAGAAGGCGUUGUCAGGUUGUGGCAAUGCAUGAAGUGUUAACGAUGGUUGUUGUAGCUGCACGAGACUGGGACUCACGUCGCUCGGGUACCUAUGGCGUCGCGAACAAACCGAGUUGCUGCAGGAGAUGAUCGAUUCCGAUAUGGAUGCCAUUUUGGUCAAGGUGGCGUCCAUUGGUCUACAACCGCGACGGCACUUGGGGAAGACCAUUGCGGAGCUGCAGCCGCAACUCAUGAUGCUGAAGGAGAAGUAUCAGAUGAACGUGUGCGGUGAAGGUGGUGAGUACGAGACAUUCACGCUGGACUGCCCGCUAUUCAAGAAGCGCAUUGUCAUAGAUGAGAGCCACACUGUCCUCCAUUCAGACGACUACGUCGCGCCUGUGGCCUUCUUGGCCAUUGACAAGUGUCAUCUUGAGGACAAAGAGCCUGCCGAUCCAUCGCACUUGGCCUCUAGGAUCCCGGAGAUUCCUCCUACCGAGCCACCAAGCAACGAUAACCACACGGAGAAGAAGAUGGCCACUAUGCUGGCACUUACUCCAGAGGCAGCAAGGGAUGUUGUGCCUGCUUUCGGUCAGUUCCGAGACCAAUUGUACCUUUCCGGUAUCAUGAGCAGCAAGGCUGGCGACGAAUCAAUCACUCUGAAAGAAGAAAUGGCAGACAUUAUUGCUCAACUUGAGGCCAUCCUUGAGAGCCAAAAAAUGGUACUAGCCGACGUCUGCUUCGUGCAUUUGUAUGUCCAAGACAUGUCCUCUUUCGGGCAGCUCAACGCGGAGUACAUCCAAUACAUGGGCCAGAAUCUACCUCCGUCCCGCAGCUGUGUGGAAGUGAAGGCCUUGGCAAACGUCCCCGCCCGUGUGCUGUUGGACUUCUUCGCGUUGCGUGGCAGUGGAGUACAGAAGUUGCAAUCUCUGCGUGUACGUCGUGACGUGUUACACGUGAAGAGCAUCUCAGCUUGGGCUCCAUGCUGCAUCGGCCCGUACAGCCAAGCGAAUGUGCUUCAUCGAGCGCUUAUUCUGCUGGCCGGACAAAUCGCUCUAUACCCUCAGACGAUGGAGCUGGUACCAGGUGACCAUGCAGCUCAGACGACACAGUGCUUUCGGAAUGCCUGCCGCGUGUUGGAAGCGCUUCAGUCGAACCUGCGCCACGUGUGCUCUGGUGUCAUCUACACCACUGGAGACCCCGACGAUCAUGAAGCUCGAGAGCGUCUACUAGUCGAUUGCCGUCGCCAUCUCCUUACCAACGCCGAGCUAGUCGAUGAAUUUGAAGAUGGCAACGACAGUGACGAGAGCGACGACGAAGUUGACAAGAACGAAGCGCGCUUGGAGUUCGUCAAGGAGGCUCCUUUGUUGGUGGUUCAAACGUCACGCUUACCGCGUAAUGCGCUGGUGGAGGUGGAGCUCCAGGCACUCACGCACAUUGCAUUAAAGUAUCUGGUGCCUCGCAGCUUUACAAGCGCAAUUGUUUCAAACAACAUGCGCUUCAACUGGCAGAGCAGUAUCAUUCCGCGAGCGCUGUGUCAGAUCAUGUGCACUGCGUCAGUUGAGGGAGAGGCAGAGUUUUCAGACACGCGGGCGUUGGCGAAGGCUGUCGCUGAGGGGAUCUGGACUUGCGUGCUAGACUGUCUGGUGCAGGCUAUGAUGUCGUGGGACCGUGUGAUUCACGUGCGCUUGUUCUACGAGGCAACAGCGUUCUCAAGCGAGGUGGAGCUCGCUAAGGCAUCUCACAAGGUUAUGACUGCACGAGGAAGAGUCAAGAGCAUGCCGGGGAUGACGUUUGUACCCGUGGACGCCAUUCAGGGUAAUGCUGUAGCUGCUCUUCAGGUGACGGCACAGGACCUCGAUAAACUGGAGACUGAGCUCUGGCUGCACAAGCAGAUUUAACUGCGGGAUUGUAGAUAACAAGCAGUUAAUCUGGAAAAAAAACACCACGGUAUAACGAAACGCAACUCGUGCCUUGUUUUGUUAGA